CGACAACCGAAGAGUCCCGGAUGGUUACGCACGAGCGGUUGGUGCUCAGCAGUAGCACUUCCUCUAAGAGACACUAUAAACUUCAACCUGAACACAAGUUUAACCUGAACACAGUUCAACAAGCUGAAGAAUGAAGACACUGCUGCUGUCUCUGCUCUGUCUGUGUGUGUGGAGUCAGUCCACAGAAGCUUUAACUGAUCAGCAGGUGCUUUUAGGACACAAUGUGACUUUAGCCUGUGAGUUUAAUUUAAAAGCCGUUAUCUGGUUUGUGACAAAACUACAAGCUCGUCCAGAGAUGAUAAUGCGAACCUUUGGAUCCACUGAACAGGCAAAAUAUUACCACUACAAAUUCAGCAGCAAAUAUUCAGAGGGUGGCAGGAGCCGCUUAAUAAUCAAUACAGUUAGUGUUGAUGAUUUAGGAAUUUAUUACUGUAUAAAACCAGGGAAUGAUCUACAGAUCAGUGUCAGUGAUGGUAUCAGACUACACACUGCUGAAUCUCCCCGAAGCCACGAUGAACCAGAGCAAAAUAAUCCACCACAAGAUCAGAUUCCCAUCAUUAUUUUAAGUCUGUUGACUGCUGCGCUGUUUGCUGCAGUGAUAGGUCUAUUAAUGAUGAACCAUAAACUGUCUAAGAAAAUUCCUAAAUAUGUCAAUUUUCAUCAGAUUUCUACAAUGAAGUUUGGUGAGAGUAACAGAGGAAAAACAGAUCCUUUAUAUCUAGAGGUGCUGCCAAAUAUCUAGAGGUCCUGUGUGAAACAGUGAUUUGUUGCUGUUUGCUUCAAAUGAACAGAAUUCUGCGCUGCUUAAACAUGUAAUGAAAUUAUUUGGGCUUGUCUGUUCAUAAUAAAACAUGACUAAAAUCUGUCUGCAAUUAAAAUGUCCAUCAAGUUUUAUAAUAGCAUUUGCUUUUGAGUAAUAUGCUUUGUAAUGUUUUUUAUUAUUUUUUUAUGUCUUUCUGAGUUGCUAAAAUCUGAUUGUAUUGGGAUGCAGUAACAGUAAGAGUUUAUUCGCUCUCCUGUUUGAUCAUGUGACAGUGAAUGUAAUAUGUGAAUGUAACAAACACACAGCUUUUCAUUUCACAAGACAUUAACUGAUGGACUGGGGUGUUGUGGAUUACUUUUGGAUUAUUAUGAUGAUUUUAUCAGAUGUUUGGACUCUCAUUCUGCAGACUCACCCAUUCUGAAUGAAUGAGUGAAUUUAGGGCAAAAUGUGACUUUAGAUUGACAGAUUCAAUAUGGUUUAUCUUUUGUAUCUUUUUAUUUUCUUCUGUUAAACACAAAAGGAGAAAUGAUUGGUCACUGGGGAUGAAAAUCUGCUUCUGUGUUUCUCAAAGGACAGAAAUACUAGAUUAUGAGCCAAAGGAAAUCUAUUGUAAACAGUUCCCUUUCGAUACUUCACUCACACUGUGUAUAGGGAAAAGCUCCUUUUUUCCUCGAUACUGAAGCCUUUUUUCAAUCACGCAGUGCAAUUGCACUACCAUUAGUUUAAUCUGUAAACUUUUUGAAACCAAUGACAUCGCUGCGUAGCUGUGCGAGUCUGUGGCGAUGCAGCGCGCCAAAGCCCGCCAAAAUGGUCUUGGCGAAUGGCUACUUAAGCAGGCAAAUCACCAUAGGAAAUCAGAUAUCACUCCUUCAGUGAUGACUUCACUUCGCUGGAUCCCGACUGAAUGCCUUCGCAGGAACAAGCUUUCGCCAUCAGAAGAGCGAUUUCUAACACCGUUUUAACGGUGCCGGCCAUGCCACACCACAGCUGUGGCACAUUAGCACCCGGAUUUGGGUGAGCUCACGCCGGCUCAGCACCCGCAUGCCUCACCCUCUCCAAUGAGAAAGCCAUCCCCUCUCCUCUUCUCAUGGCCAGAGCAGCGUCCCUCGGCUGAUGAGAGUGACCUCGUCUCUUUUGGUGGAUCGGAGGACGAGCUGCUUGAUAACUCCAUGUCACUCACGGCUUCUGAAAAGGAGGAUUGGGCCGGUGAUUCUGACCCUGCUCACCUGCCGUCACUGGAUCCCAUCGACGCCAGAGCUGGGAUGGACGCCAAGCUUCUCCGCAUCCUCUCCAAGGCCAUCGAGGAACUUCAGCUGGAGUGGGCUCUCCCUGAAGAGCUGAUGCGCAGCAGGCUGGAUGAGUGGCCCCCCGCCAGCGCUCUGCCCCAUUCUUUCCUGAGGUUCAUGAUGAGCUAAACAAGUCGUGGCGCAACCCCUACACACCCCGCCUACGCACUUCCUCCUCUGCAGCUCUCACCUCAGUAGACAGCUCUCAGGAGAAGGGCUAUGAGGAACUGCUGCCCCUGGACAAGGCUCAAAGCUGCUUCAGCACUGCACACCAUGGACAUAUUGCAAGUGUUCCAGACAAAGAUUCUCCGUUCCCUGGAUGAGUCUAGCCCUCAUGAACCUGGUUUCCGCAACCUCCGCAGUGCCACGGAUUUUGCCCUAGGGGACACAAAAGCCACGGCCCAGGCCAUCAGACGAUCUAUGGCCAACCUGGUUGUGCUGGAGCACCACCUCUGGCACAAUCUGACGGAGAUUAAGGAGAGCGACAAAGUGGCCUUUCUCGACGCCCCAGUCUCUCCAUUCAGUCUCUUUGGGCCAGCCAUAGAAGGUUUCACAGAGCACUACACUGCAGCACAGAAGUUGUCCCAGGCCAUGCAACACUUACUGCCCAAGCACUCCAGCUCUGAACCGAGUCGCCCCAGGACUGUGCCGACUAAGCACCAGAGCAAGCCUGUCCCUUCUACCUCCCAGGUGGUGCCCCCUAAGGAGCAGCACCCUGCUCACCCCGCUAAUCGGCCUAAACCUCCUAGACGUCAGGGCCCCCGGCAAAGGAUUGUGCUGGACCCGAUGCCCUCUAAAUCUGAUCGUUGGGGGAAAAGAAGAAGGGGCAAAGUCCUGCCGCCGCCGGACGACCCCCAGAAGCUCUUUCGACUGCCUGCUAUGCGACCUGGGCCCACCGUUGUUGCGUCCACGCAAAGCGCCAUUAUUAUGGCGAAUGCAAUAAAUAUUUCACAUUUUCAAAAGGAGAGCGGUUUUCCUCUUCCACACUCAUCAGUGUUCAAGCCCCUAGUCACCGGCCUGGCAUCUGACAUCAUCUAGCCUCUUGUCACGCGGGCUGAGGCCUGGCAGUCCAUCCCCGGAGUGUCCAAGUGGGUGUUGGGGAUUCGACGAAAGCCUCAUGGCCGAUCCACCUGAGGCAGGACCUUCUCUCUCAGGCAAACAGGACAAUCUGGCAUUCACGGCCAGAACUCUGGGCUCUGCAUGUAUGGUCCCUCGAUUGGAGCCUCUAACCCCCUCUGGGAUGUGCUACACACCAUUGCUCAGGCAAGAGCCCCGUCUACAAGACGCCUCUACGCCCAGAAAUGGUCAGUCUUUUUCGACUUGUGCUUAGCACAAAACGAAGACCCUGUUGAAUGUGACAUAUCUCCGAUACUGUCAUUUCUCCAAGAGCGUCUAGACAAGGGUCUUACACCUUCCACACUCAAGGUGGAUGUAGCAGUCAUUUCAUGGUCCUAUCACUGGCCAAUCUGUUGGUCGAAACAGCCUCAUUGUGUGUUUCCUGAGAGGUUCUAGGCAGUUAAAGCCCCAGCGUCCUCUCACCGUUCCCACUUGCGACCUCCACAUGGUCCUUGGAGCACUCAAAGGACCUCCCUGACCUUCGGCCCCUAAUGCUCAAAACCAUUCUGCUACUUGCUCUUGCAUUGGUCAAGCAUGUUGGUGACCUACAGGCCCUCUCAGUGAGCUCUGCAUGCCUUGAGUUUGGGCCCAAUAACUUGAAGGUAAUUUUAAAACCCAGGCAUCGCUGCAUCCCUAAAGUACACCUCGACGCCGUUCAGAGCACAGGUAAUUUCCCUCUCGGCUCUGCCUCCUCUUGAGAAUAUACAUUGAGCAGUCACAGCCAUUCAGGCAAUCUGACCAGCUUUUUGUCUGCUUUGGGGGCCGCACCAAGGGGUCUUUGGUCUCAAAGCAAUGCCUCUCAUGUUGGAUAGUCGACGCUAUCGCUUUAUGUUACUCCUCCAUGGGCCUUGAGUGCCCCAUAGGAGUAAGAGACCACUCCAAUAGAGGGUUGACCACUUCUUGGGCUUGGUCUAGUGGUGUCUCUAUCAAGGACAUCUGUGAGGCGGCCGGCUGGUCCUCGCCAUCCACUUUUGUCAGAUUAUAUAACCUGGACAUCCCGACCUUACACACUUGGGUUCUUUUGGUUUGAUACAACGGCCUCUAUCAGACGCCGUAAUCAUGCCACCUCUAGGGAGUUAGCUCCCUCUUAGCAGUGUAGCGUUAAGGGUUCAACGGCUCCGGCUCUCUCACUUAUCCCCUGGACCCCAAGGUGUUCAAGAUAAGCUUUUUAUUGUUCUCAACCGUGGCACAGCGUGUUUGAGUUCGUUUGAAUUCGACACUGCAGCUUCAGUGUCGUCUCUUCAGUCGUAUGAACUGAAUUCCUAUGGCGAUUUGCCUGCUUAUAUAGCCAUUUGCCCCGCCUAUUUUGGUGGGCUUUGGCACGCUGCAUCACCAUAGGCUCACGCAGCUAUGCAAGCACUAAACCAAUGGCAGUGCAGUUGCACUGCGUUAUUGAAAAAAGGCUUCAGUAUCGAGGAAAAAAGGAACCAAGGUUACGUUCAUAACUGAUUACAUUUCUUGUAUGAUGUGACCGGGUAGCGAUUCCUCCAUAAUGAUCAGUAAAACAAUAACCAAGCACUUCUUAGAAGAGUUAAAAUUAGAGGUGCACUUAAAAUAUAAACAUAAAAGUAAACUUGACUUAUACUUACAAAAAUUCUAAAUAUAUUUGAGCUAUACUCCUAGAAUCUGUGUUUUCAUUAUUAUACUUU